AUGGCUUCGGUAACGUUUCACUCAUGUAGUUUUUCUGUUUUAUUACACGACGCUACACCCUGUGGUUUAAGCAGCGAUUAUCCAGGCCAAGUUGAAGUUCUCGCUUUAAGAAAUUGUGCAAGGGACAUAUCGAGGCACUGCGAGCUGUAUGGAUUAAAAGCAGAUACAGCACUUGACACUGAAUGGAAACUGCUGUUAGCAAGAGCAGGUAAAUCUUAUGUACUGUCUUACCGUCUUACAUAACGGCUAAUAGUGGUGUACAUUUCCAUCAUCUCUUUAUCACAGACCUCACUAUGGUCAUGUUAUUCUUAGAAAAUCUUCGGGUGCUUUCCAUUCAGCCCAAAAUUCCGGAAGUUUCGGUUAGAAAUCAAAUGGAAUGGACCGUUUCGGUUCGGUCCUACCAGAAUAUUUGGGAACGCCUUUGAAGCUGGUCCACUUUGACCGGUCAGGUUAUUUCGGUCGGUCGAACCAAAAUGUCCCCUUCCAUUUGAAAAAAUUAUUGUCCCCACCGCUCUUUUGUAUCCUGCUUGCAAGAACAAUAAGCAAACGAGUUCAUUUCUUUAAAAAUCGCAGGCUUUUAUCCGCGGCGUUAAUAUUUUGCAAACCUAAUAUUAACGCUUGCGAUAGCAAAAAAGAUCUUUAUUCCGCACCCCCAACCCCCCCCCCGCUCCGCCACCCACGCACACACCAACACACACAGCUGUCACUGAUACACAGGCUUUAAAGACUUUUCUAUGAAAACUCAACCUCGAGAUCUCAUAGCGCACGAGCCUCUCAACUCGCUCGUGAUGUAUGCAAUGGAUAAUUUUACCUUUACCUUUGUUUAGGGGUAUUUGCAGUGGAAGAUUCCCACUUGUCUUUGACAAUAUGCCCUCGCCACAGAGCGGAAUUUGGUAUACGCAGGAGAUCCUCAAAAGUGAAGUGUAGCAUUCCACUAGAAAUAGCUGCUCACAAAACAGCCUUGGUCAAAGGCGAUCGGAUCAGCGUUCUAUGUACAUUUAUUUUAAACACUGAAGGAAUACUUAUUCAAGUUGGAUCGCGUAAGUUUAUCGUAACACAUUUGUAGCUAAAGUGUACGCUUUAAUUUUAAACGCGCGAGGGCGUAAAGCAACAUAUGCGCAAGCGUUACGAUACCUUUUAUUCUCCUGUUCCCCUCCCCCCAAAAAAGAAAAGAUAAAGAUAUUCUAGUUGGCUAGUAUGUAGACUUGCUCUUGGCUUUGAAGAAUAGUAAAGAAAUCGGCGAUGGCCUUUUAACAAGGUUAACAUUUAUUUUUGCCACAGCUCUUUGCAGAAUAUGUAAGCAACAUUUCGCGGUGACAAACCAACAACAGAAAGUGACACCCGCACCAAUGAUUGAAGUUGCUCCAUGCGUAGAACUAGAGACUUCAGAAGCAAAUGUAAGUAAGUAAACGGUAACCUCGGAUACAGACAGUUAUUCCAACAUAACAAAUGUCGAAAUUCCGAAAGGGCUGGGUAACUGUGAAUAACUGUAAACUUUGAAAAUGACUCUGAAAAUGAUUUAAGACGAAUAGGUCACUGUUCGUUUCUUUAAAUUCCUUUCGGUCUGGCCGGAGCGGAAGUAUUGAUAAUGAUAGCGGUAUGCACGUAAAUUCAUAUUUUCUUUUUUAAAAUGAUGUAUAACUUAAGUUUCGAACUAUACUAAAAAACUAAUGCCUAGUGACAAAAUAAACAAGAAUAUUGAAGUAACAUUGAUGUCUAAACGUCUUUUUUGUAUGUUACAGAGCAGCUCAAACUCAUCUCCAGGACAAAGUGAUACCGGUCAAUCUGUUGAAGAGUUCGCAGAAAGCCUUGGACGUCUUACAAUCGCUGAUGACACUUUUCUGUCACCAGACACAAUAAGCACAGCUUCCACUCAGAGUGACGAGCCCACACCUGUGAUCUUACCUGAGCCGCGCGAAAAGCUGAGUGAGUUCCUGGUAGCUUGAACCGCUUGGAAAGCCAUAGCUUUCUUGGAGUGAUUCCUCUGAGCGAACAAGACAACGUCAGACAAGGAGAGCAACAGAAAUAGUAGCAAAUGUGCUAAAGAGCGUCACCCCUGAUAAUGCUGGUGAACUCUGGCGACUUUUAGCCUCUUCUACAGCUAUGAACAAAGCCCUAGGUGUAAGCGAGUUGUCACAUUCAGAGCAUUUGUAUUUAGAGGCCCUAGCAGAAGCGUACCAGAAUGCAACCAGCUGGGAUACCCGUAGACAAGUGCUUUCGAUUAUGGCAGGGGUUGGAACUUUCAACGACAUUUCCCGUUAUAUCCCGGGGUUGACGAGAUACCGAUACUCCAUGGCUAAUCUUCAUCGAUCACAGUUUGGCCGAGGCGCUCAAGUUCCACAACAGCCUACCACACGAAUACGAGUAGACUUGAGGCAGCCUGACCACUUUCUUGGUUUCAUCACGAGCCCGCACCUUGUUCAGGACCUUCCAUUUGGGCAAAAACAUUUCAAGCUUACGUCUGGUGAGGUUAUUCAAGUACCUAACGUAAUCCGUAUGAUGAUACCCGAGCGAGUGAUACAACAGUACACUCAGUACUGUUUGGAGACCAACUUCAAACCAUUCAGCGAAACUACUAUGAGACGGGUACUCUCUGAAUGCGGUGCCUCUGUAAAAAUCAAAAAAAAAAAAUCACUGCAGGGCUUAGAUUAUUUUGCAGCUGAAGGUGCUCGCCCAUUUGAUGAUCUCGUGGCCCUCGUACGCCGAAUAGGGGAAUUAGGUUCCGGCAAGGAGAGGGAGACUACAGUUGUGCAAGCUCUUAUGACAAGCAAGCAGUAUUUGAAGGGGGGCUAUAAGGUAAUGUGAAUUCUGCUUCCAGAAAGACAGCUUGAAUAAAACUAAAAAUAAGUACUUAUUUUACCUCAUCAACAAAAUCAUUCCGUAAAAAAAAUAUUUUUUGUACUCUUUUUCUUCUCUAAAUGGUGCACGUGUAACUAGCUUACAGAAAUUCUCGAGAUUAACAAUGCGCACACGAGGAUAGUGGUCUUUUCUAAGGGUUAAGGUUAAAAGUUAUUCGCCCCCUUACGUUAAUAAUAUUUGUUAGAUUAAAAAAUAAUUUGAUUGACUAUUAUAUUGAAGUAUAAGCACAGUUAAACAGUAAUCUCAACUUUUUUUUGUCAACAGGUUCAUGUCACUAGCCCCUCUAACGUAGCAGACCAUUGUGUGUUGUUUGCUCUUAGCAACAGUGGUGAUGCAGAUUACCAGCAACAAUACAGUCACCAACACACUGAUCUUUGUGACCGUUGUCAAGGUCUUUAG